CAGAGCUAAUGCUGUUAUCCGAUCCGAGGUGGGUGCUAUAUAAAGUCCCGAGACUUUACCGGAAAGCACCAGUCUGUCCUGACUAUUCAGAAAGGUUAUUUCUGCAGUAACAGACGAAUUUAAACAUGAGCCGAGUCAUCUUUGCCAGCUGCCUUCUCCUCGUCAUUUCCUUUCUGGUUUUUGACGUGGCUACCGCAUCAUACAAGAAGCCUCCAUUCAACGGCAGUAUCUUCGGAAAACGCACUGGACCUCCAACUGAUUAUGAAACCGCAGGAAAGGCACUUUCUACAAUGUGCGAAAUUGCUUCAGAAGCCUGUGCAGCAUGGUUCCCAGUCCAGGAAAAUAACUAGAAUCUGUAUUUAGUUAUAUCAGUGUAAAUGUGAAUAAAAAUUAAAACUUAAAAAUCAAUACAA